AUUAUGGUAGUUUACAUGUAUAGGUUUCCUUCCGUAAUUAGGAAUCCUCUGUAACUAUUUAUACGUUGCUUCUCCCUCGUUAUUCAUUAAUAGAAAAUAACUAUUCUUCAUGGUAUCAGAGCCUCUCGUUGCUCUUCGUCUCUCGUUCGACCUAGCGCAGGCAAAACCCUAGCCGCGCCAUCACCGUCUCUCUCUCUCUCUCGAUCGUCCAGCAACCGCCGCCGUCUGUCCCCUUCCAGCAACCGCCGCCGUCUAAUCCUCCUCCUUCGGCAGUGCUCAGCGGCUCUCUCUCCAGCGAUCUCCCUCGGCGGUCUCUCUCUCUCCGGCGUUCUCUCCCCCCCGGCGAGCAACUCCUCCAUCGGUCACCAUGUCUGAGAAGUCUCCCGUCACCGACUCAACGACAUCUUCUUCAACUCCGCACUUGAUGUUCACAACGAUCUCAAACGUGAAGCUCCAUGUGCCGAUUCUCCUAAGCUUCUCCGAGCCCAAUUACAAAAAGUGGAGCCGGCUCUUCCUCCUUCUAAUUCGCAGGUUCUCUCUUGGUGAUUUCCUCACCGGAAAGUCGUCCCCUUCCAGCGCCGAUGACUCGAAAUGGUUCCAACUUGACGCCCUCAUACAAGGUUGGAUCCUCUCCACCGUCAAUGAUGAAAUUUGUGAUCUUGUACUCUCUACAACCAACUCCGCAUCCGAGCUUUGGAAAGCCAUCUAUAACAUCUUCCAUGACAACAAGUCGGCCCGGGCGAUGCAACUCGAACACCAAUUCCGCACCACCACGAAGGGUUCUCUCUAUAUUGCCGCUUAUUGUCAAACCCUACGGAAUCUCGCGGAUUGGUUAGAUGAUGUCGAUGCCCCCGUCUCCGAACAACAACUUGUUCUUCAAGUCUUGCGUGGCCUCCCGGAUCAUCUUCGUGGACAAACGUCGUUCCUUCAAUACCAAACGCCGCCCCCGACCUUUCUUCAAACACGUUCGGCCCUCCUCUUAAUUGAACAACAACGGGCUGAACUGGGCGUCGGCAGCAACACGGGGGACGGCGGCACGGCGUUAUAUGCAGGCAGUGGAGGUCCACGGCGACAAGGCAGCGCUGGUGGCAGUCGGUCGGAAUCCAGCGGCGGGGGAGGCUUCGGGCAGCAGCAGCAGUAUUCCCGGCAUCGUGGAGCCUCCGUGAUCCCAAUUGGUAUAUGGACACCGGCGCCACUCACCACAUCGCCUCGGACCCAGGAUAUGCUGACGGGAACCGUGAUUCAUCGGUCCAAUAAUGCCGGCCCUCUUUACCCUAUGAGCCAGUCCACCGCCCAAGCCCAAGCUCAAGUCAACGUUGUCACCGGUAGCUCGGAGCUUUGGCAUCGUCGUCUUGGCCACCCUAGCCUUGCCGUUCUUCGUGGAAUCCCCAGUUUUUCUUCCAUGUCUUUUAAACAUUUACAAUAGUCUCUUUGUCAUGCCUGUCAGUUGGGGAAACAUGUUCGUCUUCCCUUUGAGUCAUCGAGUCGUAUUUCUACUUUUC